CCCCCACCCCGGCCAGGUAUAAGGGCCCCCGCCCAAGCAAGGGAUCCAGGCUGUGGAGGUGACAUGGCCCAGUCACACUUGCUGCUGUGGCUGCUGCUGCUCCCCACGCUGUGUGGCCCCGGUGCCGCUGACUGGACUGCCUCAUCCCUGGCUUGUGCCCGGGGCCCCGAGUUCUGGUGUCAGAGCCUGGAGCACGCGCUUCAGUGCAGAGCCCUGGGGCACUGCCUACAGGAAGUCUGGGGCUACGCAAGAGCUGAUGACCUGUGUCAGGAAUGUGAGGAUAUCGUCCGGAUCCUCACCAAGAUGACAAAGGAGGCCAUUUUUCAGGACACGGUGCGCAAGUUCCUGGAGCAAGAGUGUGAUGUUCUCCCCUUGAAGCUGCUUGUGCCCCAGUGCCGUCACCUGCUGGAUACCUACUUCCCAGUGGUCAUCGACUACUUCCAGAGCCAGAUUAACCCAAAGGUCAUCUGCAGUCACCUGGGCCUGUGCAAACUUGGGCGUCCAGAGCCUGGGCAGGAGCCAGAGCCGUCAGACCUGCUGCUGGAGAAGCUGAUCCUCCCGGGGCUGCCGGAAGCCCUCCAGGAUCUGUCCGAGCGGCGGUUGCCCAUCCCCAUCCCCUACUGCUGGCUGUGCAGGACUCUGAUCAAGCGGAUCCAGGUUGUGAUUCCCAAGGGCGUGCUGGCUGUGGCUGUGGGCAAGGUGUGCCACGUCGUACCCCUGGUGGUGGGUGGCAUCUGCCAGUGCCUGGCUGAGCGCUACACUGUCCUGCUGCUCGAUGCGCUGCUGGGCCGCGUGCUGCCCCAGCUGGUCUGCGGUCUGGUCCUCCGCUGCUCCAACGAGGACAGCGCCGUCUUUCCAGCUCUGGAGUCCCUGCCUGGAGAAUGGUCCCCUGAAGAGCCCGAGUGCCACGUCUGCAUGUUCGUGACCACGCAGGCUGGGAACAGCAGCGAGCAGGCUGUGCCGCAGGCAAUACGCCAGGCCUGCCUCAGCCCCUGGCUGGACAGGCAAAAGUGUGAGCGGUUUGUGGAGCAGCACACACCUCAGCUGCAGACCCUAGUGUCCGGAGGCCGGGAUGCCCACACCACCUGUCAGGCCCUGGGGGCAUGUAGGACCACAUUCAGCCCCCUCGAGUGUAUCCACAUUCCUCACUUCUGAGGAGAAUGCAAAGCCAUGCAGCUGGGGGAUCCUGGAGGCCAGGGAGGUGCCCAGGAGACCAGGGUGGUCUCUUUUCCCCAGAUCCUAAGGCUUCCAGCACCAGAAGAACCAAGCCUUCCAACCCUGUUGGAACAGGAACAGCAAUGGAUUGGCUCAGGGAGCCUGGGCGCUGGUCCCAACUCUGCCAUCAACCGACUACGGGUUCCCCAGCCAAGAUACGUUGCCCCGUCUCUGGCUCACAUUCUCCUCAGUGGUAACGGGGUGAUCGAAUAAAGUGGUUUCUAGGAUUCUUGAGCUCUCCCAUGUGACAAGCCUCCUCCUCAGGCUCCCUGCCCUCUGCCCACACUGAGAAGAAGUCUUUCACCACCAUGGUCACCUUCCCCAUCUCCUUUAAGCUGAUGGGACAUGAGCCCACAGCUUGUAACCUCAGUCCUGUUGUCAGGCUUACCUCUCUUGUCUCUAACCACAGCCCAAAGCAGAGCCACUCCCUUCCUCUCCGGGUGUGAGGAGCAGCCUGGGGGGCAUCUUCCAGAGAUCUGCAAGAGGGGGCUUCUGGCCGAGUUCACGAACUUCCGGUCAGACUUCACACCCCACUGGAGCCAGUCAGCUUCCACAGCACCCCAGGGCUGGGUCCCUCGGAACUUGUCAGCCACACAGUCCUCCCCUGGCUCCAAGAGGACAGCAAGGUAGAAGCCGGGACCCACCUCACUUUCAUCUCCAUGUGCAUCAGAUACGGGCUUUUACAGUGAUUUUGCUAAUACUUUCACAAAACUCAGAUUCAGAAGAAUUUUUAAAAUGGGAACAUCAAGUGCUAUAAAAGAUAGAUAUAUAAAGUCAAAGUUUUUUUUUUUUUAAAAAGUCAGGAAAUCUCUGACUUGUCAAGAAUGGACAUAGCAGGGCUCAAGCAGGGUGGGGAGGUGACUGGACAAGCUUUCAUAUUUGAAAUAUUCUCCUGCUUAAGAGCUAUCAUUUUAGGAUAUAAAAAGGGGUUUUCUUUUUAUCUUUGUGUAAGGUGAGCUUCCAAGUUUUGGUGGAAAUUCCAGCGUGAUUCCAUUUCUGCUAUGAUUUAUCUCCUCAAAGCUCAGUUGGGGCACAUGCUAAAGUGCUAAAUCAGUUCUAUGUAACCCAAUGCCUGUAACAAUACUAAUAAAACCUAUUGCUUCACACUAAAA